CUUUCGCGACGUCAACGAGCGCAAAAGAAUAUACCUCCCACUCGGCACCUGCGCAGGAGACCGACUCCUCCCCUUUCUUUUCUUCCCGCGGUAGACAUGGCGGCUCCCUGGGCGCCUUUCACCGCCACGGUCACUAGCUUUCUUUUUACUCGCAGUAGGAGUGGACUGGCUCGGAGCCUAGUCGCCUGGAAAGCAGCAGCAGUUGAGCAGCGAACGGCAUGUGGGACCCAGGUAUUAAGGGUAAUACAUACCACCAACACUACACAGAAGAAAAAUGUUGCAACCUCAGAACAUGGAGAAUAUACAGUGGCUUUUAUUAAAAAACAGAUUGAAGAAUUCAACAUAGGAAAGAGACAUUUAGCCAAUAUGAUGGGAGAAGAUCCAGAAACUUUUACCCAAGAGGAUAUUGAUAGAGCUAUUGCAUAUCUCUUCCCAAGUGGCUUAUUUGAAAAAAGGGCGAGGCCAAUUAUGAAGCAUCCUGAUGACAUUUUUCCAAAGCGUAGAGCAAUCCAAUGGGGAGAAGAUGGCCGUCCAUUUCACUUUCUAUUUUAUACUGGCAAGCCGUCAUAUUACUCAUUAAUGCAUGAAGUAUAUGGAAUGACAUUAGACCUGCAAAAACACUCAGAUUACCUGAGAGCCAAAGGUCUGUUGCCUCAAAAAAACAAACAAGACCUGAUUGGCAACAGAUGGCUGAUUAAGGAGGAACUAGAAGAAAUGUUAGUGGAAAAACUGUCAGAUCAAGAUCAUAUGCGGUUCAUUCAGCUGCUCGAAAGGUUAUUGACAUUGCCAUGUGGUAGCACUGAAGAAGAAUACAUACACAAGUUUCGCAGAGCUAUACCUAUUCAAUCCCAAAAAAAGCUGAUCGAGCCUCUGCAAUAUGAUGAACAAGGAAUGGCCUACAGCAGUGGGGAAGGCAAAAGAAAAACUGCAAAAGCAAAAGUAAUAGUCUAUGAACAUGGAAGUGGAAGAAUAAAAGUAAAUGGAAUAGAUUAUUUGCUUUAUUUUCCAGUAACACAGGACAGAGAACAACUGAUGUUCCCAUUCCAUUUCCUUGACCGACUUGGAAAACAUGACAUGGACUGCACAGUCUCAGGUGGAGGGAGAUCUGCACAAGCGGGAGCACUUCGCUUAGCAACUGCAAAUGCAUUGUGUAGUUUUAUCACUGAAAAUGAAGUAGAAUGGAUGAGACAAGCUGGUCUAUUGACUCCUGAUCCUCGUGUCAGAGAACGGAAGAAACCAGGCCAAGAGGGAGCCCGCAGGAAAUUCACCUGGAAGAAACGCUAAGUCUUAUUCAAAGAAAAGGAUUGAUUCUGCUGGGCAGCACUUUUAGAAACAUUUUGAUCUGUAUAGUUUAUGUUCAAAUGAUAUGAUGUCAAUAUAUAUUUGAAAAUUAACAAAAACUAUAUAUGUGUAAUAUGUGUGUGUGUGGAUUUUAAAAAUCCUCGUGAAAGAUUGUUUCAGAAACAUUUUAUAGACUAUUAGAACUGAAGGGAAUUUUAGAAAAUAUCUAAUCUAAUUCUCCCAUUUUGCAAAUGAGUAAAUUUAAAAAAAAUUUUUUUUCAUUAAUUAAUCCCUUCUUCCUGCCUCCAUCCUCCCAAAAAUAUGUUCAUUGCCUUCAGAAAAACUAGUAUAUCACAUUGCAUAGUGCCAACAACAUCUGUUGGCAUAGGGUUUGAUAUACAUAUACGUACACACACACACACACACACACACACACACACACACACAUACAUACAUAAAUUUUUCUGUGUGCCAGUGCUUUAAGCCUUGGAGAUAUAAAUACAGAAGUGAAAUCAUUUCUGGCCUCAACAAACUUAUAUUCUAAUGGAGGAGACAGCACAAAGAGGAGAGUUGUAGCCAGUAAAAGGAGUUGUGUUGGUCAGGGGAAGAUGGUGAUUAGAACAGUAGAUAGUCCAUUAACAUACCAUUUCAGUGGAUAAGAUAGUGGUGAUUUGGUUACAGUACUCAGGGAAAGGAAGAGGGAGGGAAUAGAAAGAUGUGGGAAGGAACUAAAGAUGAGGAUUCAUGGUCCCAUGGUGUACAGAAAGGUUACAUGGCCUUUAGUGUAAAAUAGGAAUAGUAGGGCAGGAAAGACCAGGUGAAGAUAGACGUAUGUGGUCCUAGGAAGUAUAGAGCUUAAUAGCCUAAGAAAUACAUUUGAGUCAGGACCUGCAUUCAGAUUUUCCUCUCUUUUCCACUAACUACUUGUAUAACCUUAAACAAGUAUCUUCAUUUCUUUCAGUCUCAGUUUCCUCAUUUGUAAAACAAAAAUGUUGAACUAGGUGACAUUUGGAUUUCCUUCUAACUCUCAGUCUAUAAUCUUAAAAAUAAAAUAUUAUGCUGAAAACAUAAUCAUUAUAAUAAAGUUUUUUUCCAGAAGCAUA